AUGAUCGAAUUACAUGAUUUAUCUCUUGAUGAAUCACUUGAUAGUACAACUUCGAAUACUGAUCGUUCAUUUUCAAUCAUUUCUUCUUCUCUUGGUCAAUACUCAUCGAAAAAAUACGUGCUUGUCGACAAUCACAAAGUGAAUCAUGCAAAACCAUCUCCCGGUUGGAAUCGAUUUGCUCUUCCUGUUGUAAAAGAUGAAAAUAAUCGUAAUAUUGUUAUUAAAAAUUUUGCAACGUGUCGAUCUUGUUAUGCAACUUAUGUAUUUACAUAUGGAUCAACCAAAUCACUAAAUUCUCACAAAUGUGUCAAAGAAUUAUCAUCAAUAUCUACAUCACCUAGUACUAGAUCACCAUCCUUGAAUUCGAAAAUAAAUCGAUUUUCUUCUGAAAAGAAAAAGACGUUAACAUCGUUGAUUGCACUAUGGAUAUGUCAAAGUAUCCGUCCUAUCAGCAUUGUUGAAGAUGAAGGUUUUUUAAAUAUUAUCCAACAAUAUCUUAGCUGGGAUGAUGGUCCAUUUAAUAAUAUAAAUGGUAAUGAUAUAUCACCAUCAAGACCGACAAUCACAAGAGAAAUUAAUCGACAAGCAAAUGAUAUUCGUGAACGUCUAGGUGUUAUAUUGAGAAAAGCAGCUAAACAAGAAUGUUUAGCUAUAAGUCCAGAUUUAUGGAGUGACAAAUUCAAACAAAACAGCUAUCUUGGACUAACUGCUCAUUUUGUUGAUGAUCAGCAUAUUUUACAUUCUAUUGAUCUUUGUUGUGAACCAUAUAAUGAAUUAGAUAAAACAGCAGGGAACGUAUUAAAGUCAAUUACAGCUGCUCUUUCUCGUUUUGGACUUGAUCAAUUAAUGAAUGAAAUAACUUUUGUUUGUGAUCGUGGUAGUAAUCUAUUAAAAGCAUUAGAAGAUUAUCAAGUGGUUCAUUGUUUUCCUCAUAGACUGAAUAAUAUCUUAAAACGAACAUUUUAUAGUGCAGGUACUAAAGAAAAAAAACAGAGAAAACAAAAAAAAGAAUCAUUGAAAAAGAAUCAAAAUGAUGAUCAACCCAAUUUGAAUAAUUCAAAUGAUGAUGAUAAUGACUCUCUUAUGUAUUAUGAUGAUAGAGAUUCAAGUGAAAGUGAAUCUGAUGAUGAUAUUGUUCUUGAUGAGAAAUUUGUUGAAUUAGCUUUGAGAAGUUUAUCAUCAUCACCACCAGAACGUGAUCAUGUUAAUGUAUUAGAAAAAAAUAUACCACCUUAUGCUGCUCAAAUACUAGCAACAAUAGUUCGUUGUAAACAGUUAUGUUGCUAUGUCAAAAGGGUUAAUUGGAAUCCUAAGCUGAAAGCAUUAAGAAAGCCAACGAUCAAACAAGAAAUAAUUGUUCGAUGGCUCACAAUGUCACAAUUGCUCGAAAGUAUUCUGUCGUCAUAUUCAGCUUUAACAAGUAUUGCAAGUGUUGCCUUUUUUAAAAGACGUGCACGACAAUUAUUAAAAGCAAUGUUCUCUUUGCACGAUCUACAUUGGAUCGCUGCAAUACUCAAUCCACAUACAAGAAUGCUCAACCAUGCUACUGAUGUUGAACGUGCACAUGCAUAUUGUCUAGUGCGAGCUAGAGUAGCUAAACUUAUGGAAAUGGCACAGAUUGAUAAUAAUGAAGAAGUAUUAUCUCCAGCAACUAUUAGUCUAACACCACCACCUCACAAAAAGUUGAAGUCCUACACAACACAAUUUCAUGAUGACACAGAUUUAGGUGAAACAAGUAAUAAUAUGACAAUUGAAAAACGUGCUCAUCGUGAAUUAGAAAUCUAUUUACAACUGAAUCUAACUAAUUGUAAAUGUUUAAAUGAUGAUAUUGACAAUCUAUUGUUGUUCUGGAAAGAACAAGAACAUGUACUACCCAAUGUGUCACGAUUAGCAAAACAAAUUUUUUCUAUUCCUGCCUUUUCAGCUGCAGUAGAACGUGCAUUCAGUUCAGCCGGUAUUGUCGUACCACAGAGAAGAACCAAUAUCAAUCCAUCUAUAGUUAAUGAUAUUAUACUUAUUCGAUCGGCUGCAGCUUGUUUGACGACCUACACAUAG